AGCUCAGUCAGGCAGACAGUCAAGGAGCUCCGGAGUUCCAGCGGCGACACUUUGGAGCGGGAGUGCGGGGGGAAAAACUGCGUCCGAAGCACGGGAGAGCUCAGCCUGGGGAUCCGCCAUGAGUUGGGGCACGGAGCUGUGGGACCAGUUUGAUAAUCUGGACAAACACACCCAGUGGGGGAUCGACUUCCUGGAGCGCUAUGCAAAGUUUGUGAAGGAGAGGCUGGACAUUGAACAAAACUACGCCAAGCAGCUACGGAGCCUGGCGAAGAAAUAUUGUCCAAAGCGGUCCAAAGACGAGGAGCCCAGGUUCACGUCGUGCCUGUCCUUCUACUCCAUCCUGAACGAGCUGAACGACUACGCCGGGCAGAGGGAGGUGGUGGCCGAGGAGAUGGCCCACCGGGUGUACGGGGAGCUGCUGCGGUACAGCCAGGACCUGAAGGCCGAGCGCAAACACCAUCUCCAGGAGGGCAGGAAGGCCCAGCAGUAUUUGGACCAGUGCUGGAAACAGAUGGACAGCAGUAAAAAGAAGUUUGAGCGAGAGUGCAGAGAAGCAGAGAAGUCCCAGGCGACCUACGAGCGGUUAGAUAACGACAUCAAUGCCACCAAAUCGGAGGUGGAGAAGGCCAAAGGUCAGUUCUACCUGCGGACCCACAUGGCCGACGAGAGUAAGAACGAGUACGCCGCUCAGCUGCAGAACUUCAACGCGGAGCAGUGGAAACAUUUCAACAACGCCAUCCCACACAUCUUCACGAACCUGCAGGACAUGGACCAGCGUCGGACCGUGAAGCUGGGGGAGUCGUACCGGAGCUUCGCCGAGGCUGAGCGGCGAGUCAUCCCCAUCAUCUCCAAGUGCCUGGAAGGGAUGGUGUCCGCCGCCAAGUCCGUGGACGACAGGAGGGACUCCUCCAUCGUCAUCGAGUCCUUCAAGUCCGGCUUCGACCCCCCGUCCGACUUCCCCUUCGAGGACUUCAGUCAGAACCUGAACAGAACGGGCUCAGACGGAACCAUCAGCAGCACGCCCAAAGGGGAGCGGGACCGAGACGGGGCCCCGGGGCCCCGGUUGGACCCCAAGCACCUCACCGGCAGAACCAAGAACAAGCUGUGGCUGUUCGGGAAGAAACCGAAGUCCCCCGCCCACUCCCCUCCCCCUCCCCCCUCCUCCGCCUCCCACCUCUUCUAUUCGCCACGCUUCAGCCCCGACCUCAUGAGCCACUAUCUGUCUGAGAUAAAGACCACAGUUCCCAGAAUCCCUCAGAAUCUGAGGGCCCUGAGACGAGGGGCGCCGUCCCUAGAGGACUUCAGCCACCUGCCCCCCGAGCAGAGGAGGAAGAGGCUGCUGCACCGAGUGGACGAGCUGCAGAGGGAGCUCCAGAAGGAGACGGACCAGAGAGACGCCCUGAACAAGAUGAAGGACGUGUACGAGAAGAACCCUCAGAUGGGCGACCCCAGCAGCCUGCAGCCCCGGAUCUCCGAGACCAUCUGCAACAUGGAGAAGCUGCGCUCGGAGAUCCACCGGAACGAGACGUGGCUGUCGGAGGUGGAGGGCAAGCAGAGCUCCAGAGGGGACCGGAGACACAGCGCCGACAACCACCACCCCGCCCCCCAAGGCCGGGAGAGCCCCGAGGGCAGCUACACCGACGACCCCGGCCAGGAGCAGCGGGCGCCGCCGCCGCAGCGCCGCCCCGCCGCCGGCCCCGCCCCCGACGAGUUCGACGACGAGUUCGACGAGGACGACCCGCUGCCCGUCAUCGGACACUGCAAGGCGCUCUACUCCUUCGACGGUCAGAACGACGGAACGCUGGCCAUGGCGGAGGACGAGGUGCUGUACAUCAUCGAGGAGGACAAGGGGGACGGCUGGACCCGGGCCCGGAAGCAGAGCGGCGAGGAGGGCUACGUCCCCACCUCCUACGUGGAAAUCACCAUGGAGAAGAACAGCAAAGGUGGCUCCUGAGGGCGGCAGAGUGGCCGGGCGCUGUGAUUGGCUGGUGGAGGUUCUCUCUGAUUGUUGGUGGUAGGGGGGAAAAAAAACCCGGAAGAGAGACAUAGAGAGUAAGAGAGAGAGAGAGAGAGAGAGAGAGAGAGAGAGAGAGAGAGAGAGAGGAGGACGUCUCCAUCACCACCUUCCUUUUCAUGUCUGCAUGUGUGCAUGCCCUCAUAAACCAGGAAGAGUGCGCGCGUGUGUGUGUGUGAGAAGCGACUCCUCCAGAGGUCAGAGGUCAGGCUCAGGUGUCAGGGUCAGUCCACUAACCGCCGCUCACUCCCAUCAUCCCGUCUGUCUGCCUGCCUGCGCCACUCUGCCCCUCACGCCUCCAUCCUCCAUGCGCGCGCGCGCGUGUGUGUGUGUGUGUGUGUGAAUGUAAUGGAUGUGUUCGGGAACGUGUGCUUCCCCCCGUUCCACCAGCAGAUGGCGACUCUGCCUUAAGACUCUCUGCUCCUCCAACCACUACUACUUCUUUUUUUUUUUUUUUUUUUUUUUUUUUUUUUUUUUUUCCAACUCCCAUGUACUCACUCGGUGUUUGUGAAUGUGCGUGUGCAUGACACUCGUGCACGUGUCUGUGGAUGAUCUGUACAUAUUAACAAGCAGACGCGUCGUUGCUGAAUGUUUUCAAUGGUGAUUGAUUGAUUGAUUGAUUGAUUGAUUGUUUCUUGGGGUGGGGGGGGGGGUCUGAACUGAACCGAUGCACUUUGCCCCGAAGCGGCGCGGCGUGGCGUUUGGACGAGUGGCGUCCUGCCGAGAGACACGCGAACUUGAUUACCCUUGACCACUGCGUAAAGGAGGCGGCCGGACGGACGGGCCGCAUUUUCUACUCUUUUCUACUCUUGUGAAGACGCCGCUGUGCACAUCAGAGGAAGCAACUGCACGUUUCCUUCGUCCUCAGUCGAUCUGAGUGCAUUUAAAAGCUACCUAUCUUUUCUUUUUUUUUUUUUUUUUUUAAAUGUCAUUUUCCAUAUAAGCAGCCUGUUUCCAUUUCACAAUAACAAUCGCCAUAACUUCUCACUAAUAAUUGUAAAACAAACAAAAGUGACUUCGAUGUCUUCAAGUUGCUGGUUUUGCUGGACGGACUGUCCAAAACCCAAAGAUCUUUGUCUUUUUGAGGUUGAAUUUCUCAUUCCAGAAUGUUUUUUGGAUUUCCGUUUUCUAUACGCGUACGCAUGGACUCUCUGCCCUGCUCUACGUCGCCGCCCGGUGCACAGACGUCCACACUGCAGAGACGAAACACACCAAAACCUUUUCUUAUCAGCAAUAUACAUGUGAAAACUCUGUGUGUGUGUGUGUGUGUGUGUGUGUGUGUGUGUGAGAGAGAGAAAGAGACCAAUGGCAGUACUUCUUAUACAUCAUUGUGCACAUCUUUUUUUUUUUUUUUUUUUUAACUUUGAAUGUCGUCCGACACUCUGUGAACAAAAUGCGUUCUCUGUUCUUCUUCUCUUCCAAACUGUCGUUCUAAUAAAACAAGUAGCAACAGGAAAAAAAAAAAAAAAACCCAGCGUGUCCACGUUCUUCCAUGGAGUCAUUUAUUAAAUUUUACCGCAGUGAGUCCGGAAUAUAAACGUUAAAAUUCAUCCACAUCUUUUAUUUCUUUACAGGAAAUAUUUACAGGUCAUUAUUAACAGGCUUUUGUAGUUACUAGUUUUUCAGGGAACAACAGUUGUAAAGGGAAAAAGUGGCUUCUCUAGUCAUGAGUGUUUUGGAAUUUUAAAUAAGUGAACCAUCUCCUGACCUCUGACCUCCGACCUGAGCUGCUCUGAAUCUGAUCAGGUUCACCGUCUUUCUGCUUCGGAUCGGGAGGGAGCGGAGGGAUCCGUCCCCGUCGUGCUUUGCGCUGUGACGCUGGCGGCCCCACCCAGCGGGAACCCGGCGUGGUUGAAAUGGACCCUGAUGGGAUCGGCGGCAGGGCCCCGCCCCCUCCGAUCGUUCCUCUAAUCAGAUUGGAGUGUUUACAUGACGCCCUGCUAACUGGAUCAGAUCAGGGUGUGCGUCGUGGGCGGCGGUGGCGGCUCCAGUUUCCGCGACAGCGCCGUGAGGAUGAGGUUGAACUUGUCGUGGCGGUCGGCCUGGUUGACGGCGGCGCCGCGGCUUCCCCACAGCAGACGCAUCUGGAAUUCCGUCCUGAAGACUUCCAGGAGGUCGUCGUCGCACUGGAACCCUGCGGAAACAAACCCGGGUUCUUACUGCGGUCCACAGGAACAGAACCGACGCAGGACGGCGUUCCACCUUGCAGGGCCUCCUGAGCGCGAGCCGCGUAGGCCUGGGCGUGGCGGGCGACGCCCCGGGCGGCCUCCAAGUGGCGCAGCAUGAUGUCGCAGCCCUGGUCGCUAGUCUCCCAGAGCUCCGCCCCCUCGGGCGCCACCGACGGACGCUCCAUCAGAGCGAGGAGGGGCAUCAGCAGGGGGACGCAGACCGCCGCGGGAGGCGAGGCUGGGGUCAAAGGUCAUCAUCAAGACAGAUGAGCGUCUUUCCUGUGAACAUGAGAAGAGGACGGUAGCCCCGCCCCCUGGUGGUCCUACCGGUUCCUUCGUACAGGUUCUUGUAGAACGGCUUGAGGACCUUCUGGUAGGUGAUGGCGGUCUGGGUGAAGUUCCUGCGCAGAGUCGUCCAGGUUUCCUCCAGACGGCUGAUCUGGACCCA